CCCACCACACACACACUUAGCACCCCCGACGGCUGUUGGAUGCAGAGGGGUAGCGUGAUGGACUAAAAGGGGGAGAAAGUGGCGUGGGUGGGAGACGACGGGAGAGAUCGUAGUGGAUCCCCUCAAGCAGCAAGAUCGGCAGAUCUUCAUGGUGUAAAUAUAACCCCCCUCACACACACACGCCGCGAUCCGACCCCCUGCACCCCCCCCGAAGCACCCACCACGCCGCUCCUUACCAGGAUGAAACAAAACCCCGAGCAAGAAUGAGGGAUCGCGAUCCUGCCCGAGUGGGAGCAGCAGCUUCUGCAUGAGGGGCGAGCAUAAGCGGGGCCGAGAGGCUGAAGCAUGAAUCCAGGCGAGGAGUGAAGAAGAUGGAGAGACCCCUUUGCUGCGAGCCGAGGCACUCCGCGAUGGAGGCCGGCGCAGGACUCUUCUUCCUCCUGCUCUACCUUUGCCUAGGCGUCCCCCAGACUUCCCAGCAAGUGCUCCGGAUCGGCGGGAUAUUUGAAACUGUGGAAAAUGAACCUGUCAACGUGGAAGAGAUAGCUUUCAAAUUUGCAGUUACCAACAUUAACAGAAACAGAACACUGAUGCCUAAUACCACAUUAACCUAUGACAUCCAGAGAAUUAACCUUUUUGAUAGUUUUGAAGCUUCAAGACGAGCAUGUGAUCAGCUUGCUCUUGGGGUAGCUGCACUCUUUGGACCAUCUCACAGCUCAUCAGUCAGUGCAGUACAAUCUAUCUGCAAUGCACUUGAAGUUCCACAUAUACAGACCAGAUGGAAACAUCCUACAGUGGAUAACAAAGAUUCCUUUUACAUCAACCUCUACCCAGACUAUGCAGCCAUCAGCAGAGCAGUAUUGGAUUUGGUGCUAUAUUACAACUGGAAGAUAAUAACAGUAGUAUACGAAGACAGUACAGGUCUAAUUCGCCUGCAAGAACUCAUCAAAGCCCCUUCUAGAUACAACAUUAAAAUCAAAAUCCGGCAGUUGCCCUCUGGGAAUAAAGAUGCCCGGCCUUUACUCAAGGAGAUGAAGAAGGGCAAAGAGUUCUACGUGAUAUUUGAUUGCUCACAUGAAACAGCAGCAGAAAUCCUUAAACAGAUCCUCUCCAUGGGAAUGAUGACUGAAUACUAUCACUACUUUUUUACAACCCUGGAUUUGUUUGCACUAGACCUGGAACCCUACAGAUACAGCGGAGUCAAUAUGACUGGAUUUCGCUUACUCAACAUUGACAAUCCACAAGUGUCAUCAGUUAUUGAGAAGUGGUCAAUGGAACGGCUACAGGCACCACCGAAGCCAGAGACGGGUCUCCUAGAUGGCAUGAUGACUACAGAAGCAGCUCUGGUGUAUGAUGCUGUUUACAUGGUUGCAGUGGCUUCCCAGCGUGCCUCCCUGACUGUCAGCUCCCUGCAAUGUCACAGACAUAAGCCAUGGCGCUUUGGACCCAGAUUUAUGAACCUGAUAAAAGAGGCUCGUUGGGAUGGUUUGACAGGGCGAAUUACUUUCAACAAAACAGAUGGCUUAAGAAAGGAUUUUGAUUUGGAUAUUAUUAGCCUCAAGGAGGAAGGAACAGAAAAGAUUGGGCUUUGGAACUCAAACAGUGGCCUUAAUAUGACUGACAGCAAUAAAGACAGAUCUACCAAUAUCACUGAUUCGCUGGCGAACCGAACGCUCAUAGUCACCACUAUUUUGGAAGAUCCGUAUGUCAUGUACAAGAAAUCUGACAAACCCCUUUAUGGCAAUGACAGAUUUGAAGGGUACUGCUUGGAUUUGCUGAAGGAGUUAUCAAAUAUUUUAGGCUUCAUCUAUGAAGUGAAACUAGUGUCUGAUGGGAAAUAUGGGGCCCAGAAUGACAAAGGAGAAUGGAAUGGGAUGGUCAAAGAACUCAUCGAUCACAAAGCUGACCUGGCAGUUGCUCCACUCACCAUUACCUACGUAAGAGAGAAAGUCAUUGACUUUUCCAAGCCCUUCAUGACGCUGGGAAUCAGUAUUUUGUACCGGAAGCCCAAUGGCACAAACCCUGGUGUUUUCUCCUUUCUAAACCCUCUUUCUCCUGAUAUUUGGAUGUAUGUCCUCCUAGCUUGCCUUGGAGUCAGUUGUGUGCUCUUUGUCAUUGCAAGGUUUACACCCUAUGAGUGGUAUAACCCCCACCCGUGCAACCCUGACUCAGAUGUGGUGGAAAACAAUUUUACUUUACUUAAUAGUUUCUGGUUUGGAGUUGGAGCUCUCAUGCAGCAAGGAUCUGAGCUCAUGCCAAAAGCUCUUUCCACCAGAAUAGUUGGAGGAAUAUGGUGGUUUUUCACCUUGAUCAUAAUCUCAUCCUACACUGCUAAUUUGGCCGCCUUCUUGACUGUCGAGAGAAUGGAAUCCCCCAUUGAUUCUGCAGAUGAUCUGGCAAAGCAAACUAAGAUAGAAUACGGAGCUGUUAGAGAUGGCUCAACUAUGACCUUCUUCAAGAAAUCCAAAAUAUCAACAUAUGAGAAAAUGUGGGCAUUCAUGAGCAGCAGGCAGCAGACAGCGCUGGUAAAGAACAAUGACGAGGGAAUCCAGCGUGUGCUCACCACCGACUACGCUCUGCUGAUGGAAUCAACCAGCAUAGAAUACGUCACUCAGAGGAACUGUAAUCUCACCCAGAUUGGAGGACUCAUUGAUUCCAAAGGUUAUGGCGUAGGAACUCCCAUUGGCUCUCCUUACAGAGACAAAAUCACUAUUGCCAUUCUCCAGCUACAAGAGGAAGGAAAGCUACACAUGAUGAAGGAGAAGUGGUGGCGAGGCAAUGGUUGCCCUGAGGAGGACAGCAAAGAAGCCAGUGCCCUUGGUGUUGAGAACAUUGGGGGCAUCUUCAUAGUGCUUGCAGCAGGACUUGUUCUUUCUGUGUUUGUAGCUAUUGGAGAAUUUAUUUACAAAUCAAGGAAAAACAGUGACAUUGAGCAGUGUCUUUCUUUCAAUGCCAUAAUGGAGGAACUUGGAAUUUCACUCAAACACCAGAAGAAAUUAAAGAAAAGGACAAGAACUAAAGGGCGGUCGUCAUUCACAAGUAUCCUUACUUGUCACCAGAGGCGGACACUGAGAAAAGAAACCAUGGCUUGAAUGAGUUCAACUUUCCCCAUGCAAAAGAUCUGGAGUAAAAGGCAAAGCAAAAAACUUUUGAUGCCUACCAGUAAAUUGUAUGGAGGGAUUUUUAAAGAGAGACAGCUUACAUCUCAGAAAUUCAGUGUUAUUUCCCCUUUUUUUAAUCUCGAGGCGGUACAACAGAUUCAGAACUCACAUAAGACUGAUGUACUACAAAUCACCCAGGAAACGUCUCACUUUUGCUUUUGAAAUGAUUUGUAAGGUCACCUAUUUUGCAUCUCUCUCUACUACUUCCCCAUUCAUUGCUGUAUGUGCUUUCUAAAUGAAUAAAAACAGGGAUUUUUCAGUA